AGAUAUUGCUAUUCAUAACACAGCGUUCGGUUACUAAGAUCGCAGUUCCUCCAAAAUGUGGGUGUUUUAUCUGCCGGUAGUGAUAUCAGUGUUAGCCGUAGCGCUUUAUUAUUAUUUUACACGGACAUUUAAUUACUGGAAAAAUCGAAAUGUUCGCGGACCGGAACCUACCGUAUUUUUCGGGAACUUGAAGGACUCAGUUUUAAGAAGAAAAAAUAUAGGCGUAGUCAUGGAAGAAAUGUACAACAUGUUUCCAGAUGAAAAAGUUAUUGGAAUCUACAGGAUGACCACACCUUGUGUCCUUGUACGAGACUUAGAUAUUGUUAAACAUAUCAUGAUAAAGGACUUCGAAGUUUUCAGUGACCGUGGUUUAGAAUUCAGCAAAGAGGGAUUGGGACAAAACCUGUUCCACGCUGAUGGAGACACUUGGAGAACUUUGAGAAAUCGAUUUACACCAAUUUUCACAUCUGGAAAACUGAAAAACAUGUUUUAUCUUAUGCAUGAAGGUGCUGAUAACUUUAUUGACCACGUGAGCAAAGAGUGUGAAAAACAUCAAGAAUUUGAAAUUCACACACUUCUUCAGACUUAUACCAUGUCCACAAUCUCCUCCUGUGCUUUUGGAGUAAGCUACGACACCAUCAGCGAUAAGCUAGAUACUUUGGCAAUUGUAGAUAAAAUUAUUUCGGAACCAAGUUAUGCUAUAGAAUUAGAUAUGAUGUAUCCGGGUCUCCUUCCAAAACUCAAUCUUUCAAUUUUUCCUUCUGUUGUACAUAAAUUCUUCAAAAAUCUUGUGAACACAAUUGUCACUCAAAGAAAUGGCAAACCUUCAGGGCGUAACGAUUUCAUGGAUCUCAUACUAGAACUCCGUCAAAUGGGAGAGAUCACCAGCAACAAAUAUGGUAACAAUAUGUCAACUCUUGAAAUAACAGAAUCAGUUAUGUGUGCCCAAGCUUUUGUAUUUUACAUCGCUGGAUAUGAAACUAGUGCUACUACUAUGGCCUACUUGACAUAUCAGUUGGCACUUAAUCCUGACAUACAAAAUAAGUUAAUAGCAGAAAUAGAUGAAGCAAUAAAAGCUAAUGGUGGAAAAGUAACAUACGACACCGUGAAGGAAAUGAAAUAUUUGAACAAAGUUUUUGACGAAACUCUCCGUAUGUACUCUAUAGUAGAACCACUGCAAAGAAAGGCUAUAAGAGAUUACAAGUUACCCGGAACAGACGUGGUCAUUGAGAAAGACACCAUAGUGCUAAUAUCUCCAAGAGGCAUUCACUAUGACCCGAAAUAUUACGACAAUCCUAAACAAUUCAACCCUGAUAGAUUCGAUGCGGAGGAAGUGGGCAAGCGUCACCCGUGCGCGUACUUACCAUUCGGACUUGGACAAAGGAAUUGCAUAGGUAUGCGGUUUGGUAGACUCCAGUCCUUAUUAUGCAUCACGAAGCUGCUGUCCAAGUUUAGAUUGGAGCCAUCGAAAAACACUGACAGGAAUUUACAAGUAGAACCGUACCGAUUCAUUAUUGGACCCAAAGGUGGCAUCCGUUUAAACAUUGUCCCGAGAAAAGAUGUAUCUUAAAACACAUUUGAACACCCUACUCAAUACGUAAGUUGAAAUAUCCCUUGAUUUUUAUAAGAAAAAGGAAACUUACUAAAUUAAACUAAUUACCUUUAUAAAUCACAGAAUAUAAGAACUUAAAUACAUUUAAGUUAUAAUGUUUUGUUAUUUUCUGUAAGACUUAACGGACUGGUUUCUGAUUUCUCAUUAUUGAGAUGAGCUUUGAUUCUGUAUUAGCAUUAACAUUAUGUAGAAUCAUUACUAAAUACCAAAUGUUACUAAAUAUUAAUUUAAUCUAAGAUAAUGUUUUUUGUAUAAUUAAUAGUUCAAGAUAUUUUAAUAAAAAAAAAACUGAACCUAUAUACAUUUCAAUGUUUUAAUUUUAAUGAUUUAUAGGUAACUUUUGUGGAAUUUAAUGAAUAAUAAUUUGAUUUUUAUAUCGUUGUAUAGCAUAACCGGAUUGCGACAUAACGUUUUGUGAACUAUACCUAUUACAUAUAAUUUUAAAUAA